UGAAUAUCGAUGAAUAACGACAGAAAUAACCCUGAUGAUAACAAGCCCAGUAGACUUUGAUCCUACACGAAUCAUGAUCAACAUCUAGCCAAGUAUUCUAAAGCGCUGUUUCUAAUUCAGCGCCAGCGGCGUGGACUUGAAACCGUAACUGACAACAGGUUACCCAGCGUCGUGUCUCUCCGCGGCUGACGUUUCACGGGCGGCACGUGAGCCCUUCAAGUUGAGAGUAAUCUGCAAGACCCUGUGAAGAUCUGGAUGACAAUCUAUGGACACUGCGAGGCGACGCACGCUGUUGGUUCAAAAAUAAUGCAACUGCGUGUGUUAUGAGUCACGGCAUGCAUCAUGUCGCCGAAAAUGCCUCGAAGCACCGGCAGACGCCGGGCGCGCGCCCAGGCCAGGCCAACCUUGUUUGACUUGUGACAGCAUGCGAAGACGUGCGGUGGACAACACUUCCGCACUGGACCCGAGUUCGCGGACGGAUCCCCGUAGGCUCCCGGGUGUGUGCUUCGAGACGUGUGAGGGCAGGUACAUACUGUACAUACACAAUUACGCGCGGGCGAGUGUCGCUUACGGCUGUGCCUGUGCGCUCGAAUCGCCGUGCGCGGUGCCUCACCGCUCUUGGUCCGGGAUCUCGCGCGCGGGCUGGAGGCUCGAAGAUGAUAAUGGAUGAUGGAUGAUGCUGAUUACUGCACACGGCACAUUAUCGGGCUCACUGGGCGUGGAGGCCCGGCUGCGCGAUGACGCAGGUGGCGUUUUGGCCUCUCCCCCCUGCGGGUGUUGUGAGGCGCUUGGGUGGUCCGGCAAGCCGCAGGUGGCGGAGACUCCGUAAGCGGGGAAGCACGAUGUCUGACAGCGAAGGAGGAGUUAGCGCUGGAAUUAGGCACGAGAAAGAGUGCGGGAAGCAUCCGCCUGGUAUUCUCUGUCACAGCUGGGAGUGGCGGAGGCGCGGCAGCUGCGGCCGUGGGACGCGACGUCGUGGAGGAUUAUGUCCAGAUCCGGUCUGGAGCACUUGCAUUGCAGCGACGGGGACGAACAACAAGUGCGAGUCUUUCAGAGCUGACGACUGUUCUGAUUGCGCGAGGCGCCUGGCUUGCCUUCAUCCGCGGACCAACGCCAAACUUGAAAUCAGGGGUCCGAAGCGCUGAUGCAGUUUGCACCAUGCGUGUUGGACACGCUCAAUUGGCGACGCUCCAGUAAGCAAUUAUCCCAUAUCAGUGCCUGGCGAUGAGCUCCAUCAAGUGUCGUUGUGCGCAGGGGGGGCAAUCAGGGAGUCUCGCGUAGCAUGAAUUCAGCAACUCUUGCUGUGAGACUUCGGGAUCAGGACCGCGAAGACGUGGGGGUAGUUCCAACCCUCGAAACUAACUAGUUGCCGCGAGUAUUGACAACUCGAAGAGCGCUUCAGCACCGUAGUUGUGCGUUCGUCCGCUCAAUCCGGACUUCUUGCACGCUAUACGAGAAGCCCUUGAGCCCCUGCUGGUGUAUCCAAGUCCGCCAUCACGUAUCGAGUCUGAGAGCCACGCAGCUCGCUUGAAGUUACCACCGAGUGGGCCUUGCGUUUGAGUCAAAGUCAGCUGUUGGAUUGGGUUUACAUUGCGAGACAGAGCGAGAUGAAGACCGAAUUCAUUAAUAGACCGAUGGCUUCAUUGAUUGAGGGCGCACAAAGUAGACUCGCAGGCACGUAAGUAGGUUGAAUGAAGUAUGUGUGCUAUCUAUGAGCAUGCAACUUACCAGGUACUCUGAUGACUACGGAGCACUGCCCGGUAAGCGCGUGCUUGCUUCGUCGGAGAUUGUAAGGACCGAGGAGGCCAGAUAUUCUUACCGAUCCGUGCGAUCUUCCAGUCGUUUGGCAGCGACGGCGGAAACAAAGAUUGUGUGUUCAGAGCCCUCGAGCCAGGUACUGCAGACCCCCCAUUGCCUCCAGCAGCGGUCACUGUGAAGAAGCACGCUCCUUCCGUGAACAUAGAUAAUGAAAUAUACGUGCCUGGUGAGGGAAUGACCCGAAACCGAGAUUGGUUUACCUCGUAGAAAUUGCCUUGCUU